CUUUAUCUUACUAAAGUGCCGAAUAAUAUGUAUCCACCAUAAAAACUUGACUUGUAACGGCAUCUAUAAGAAGAUAAUAUUUAUAACCAUAGUUUAAUAGAUGACAUUUAAGUAAAAUUCUAAAUUAGUGCAUAGUACAGUGCAUAAAACCAAUUAUACGAAGUUUCAUUCAAGAAUUCACGUAACCUUCAAGAAUUUCGUGUUAAAAUAUUCACUGACCGUCUCUAAGUGUAGUGACACAAACACUGAAUACGAUAAAACGCAUAUUAACAAUUGGCUUAUGUUCCUGAACACGCUGGAAUCUAGGUUAGCGGCCGAUUUGUACGAGGAAUAUAUUUUGCUAUGGUUCAACAAUAUAAGUCACCUGUUCGGGUGUAUAAACAUCCAUUUCCACUUGUCAUGAUGGCAUAUGAACGUAGGUUUCCGACAUGCCCUCAAAUUCCUGUCUUUGUUGGUUGCGAAAUAGUUUCAGAUGAGGAGAGUAAGAACGGCGCGGUUCGGAUAACGGAACGAAGAUGCAAACUCAAUGUCGACGCGCCGUAUAUUUUGAAAAAGAUAAUCGGAGUAGAUUUUGUAUACUUUAUUCAGAAGAAUGUUUUGGAUAGAGAAAACUGUAUCUUGGAAAUAGAAGCGUACAACGAGAGCUUUUCCGCAAGGGUCACGGUCAUUGAAAAAUGCAGAUAUUUUGUUCAUCCCGAAAAUCAAGAUUGGACAUGCUUCGAGCAAACUGCAAGUUUAGAUAUAAAGAAUUUUUUUGGAUUCGAGAAUUCAAUGGAGAAGUUGGCGAUGAAACAGUAUGCUCAAAAUAUUGCGAAGGGCAAAGAGAUAAUAGAAUAUUUUAUAAAUGAACUGAAACAGGAGGGUAUAGUGUAUGUAGCUCCAUGGAAGAAUCCAGAUCAAGAUUCUCUGAAGGAAGAUGAGGAUAAUGUUGUUGAAACUCAAGCAUCUCACAGUGGAAGCGACACUUAUUCGUAUACAGAGAAGCUGCAAACCAGAGGAAUGCAACUUUCUUCAGAUUAUAUAGAAAGAUAUUUAGGAAAGCUUGAUAUGAUUCAAGAAAGCAAACUCGUUCAAUUAUCGCAAAGUAUAAAAGAGUUGAGGGGAAGCUCUGUACCUGGUGAUGCAACGCUUUUAAGGUUUUUGAGAGCAACGGAAUUUUCAGUUGAUAAGGCAAAAGAUAUGUUGACACAAUCGUUACAUUGGCGAAAGAAGCAUCAAAUUGACAAACUUCUUGAAGAAUAUGAGCUGCCACAGGUAGUGAAAGAUUACUUUCCUGGUGGUUGGCAUCAUUUUGACAAAGAUGGACGACCUUUAUAUAUUUUAAGAGUGGGUCAAAUGGAUGUAAAGGGUUUAUUAAAAUCUAUCGGAGAAGAUGAUUUAUUAUUAUUAGCACUUCAUGUUUGUGAAGAAGGCCUUGUUCUUAUGGAAGAAGCAACUACCUCUUCUGGUCACCCAAUUUCUGAAUGGUCUUUACUGUUAGAUCUGGAAGGCCUAAAUAUGCGUCAUUUAUGGAGACCUGGCAUCAAGGCAUUGCUACGUAUUAUUGAAAUUGUUGAAAUAAAUUACCCGGAAACUAUGGGAAGAGUACUUUUCAUGAGAGCUCCUAGAUGUUUUCCUAUUCUAUGGACACUCAUUAGUACAUUUAUAAAUGAAAAUACUAGGAAGAAAUUUAUAUUUUAUUGUGGCACCAAUUAUCCAGAGGAAGGACCGGGCAGUCUUACGGAAUAUAUUAGCCCCGAAAUUAUACCUGACUUCUUGGGAGGCUCGUGUGAGGUAUAUAUUAACGAAGGAGGACUUGUACCAAAACAUCUUUAUAAAAUGGAUUUAGAGAACACCUCCAAUGAACAAGAGCAAAGCUUAUACCAUUCCAUCAGUCUAAGUCGAGGACAAAUACACCGCAUAGUAAUACAUUCCAAUGAUCCAGGGUCAGUUUUAACUUGGGACUUCGAUGUAAUGCGGCAUAGUGUGAUAUUUACUGUAUUAUAUCAAGCUAAUGAUGAUACUAAGCAUGUAGCUUCUUCAGGUUCAUCAGAGUUUCUAGUGAAUGAAGCCUCUGAAGACAUAGAAACGGAAGAAGUUAAAGGACACUUUGUUAAAGUACAACCCAGCAUUGUUUGCCAUGAUGGUGAAAGUAUCCAAGGAUCUCAUAUAAUGCAAGGGGCAGGAAUAUAUGUAUUGCAGUGGUAUAAUCAAGACGAGUUAGGAGAAUUUCUACCAUCCAUUAGUGGUCAUAAAGCGCAAUUGAUGUACUUUUAUGAGACAUUGCCAUCAGUUCAUUACAGAGGAUCAAUGAUGAGUUUACAAUCUGCAAUAAGUGGAAAGUCAGAAGCAAGUUCGGCUUUAUCCAGAUGACGUGCUGUACAUACGACAUGGCAUUAGUCGACGAAUCACGAAAAGGGAAACAUAGUGUUUUGUUUGUGAUAAAUUUAAUAAUUUAUUUGUGAAUGAUUUCAAAUUACAAUUCACUGUAGGUUAUUUAAAUUUUUAGAUUUUAGUCUCAAUUCUAUAUUUGCGUCAAGCAUAUCACUCUUAAUAUUGUAAGUAGAAAGCACGAUAUUUUAAAUUAAAAGAUAAAUGUAAA